AGACCUAAGCUGACGCCCCAACCUCACAGUCAGACGGAGCCAUCUGUCCGAUCCGUCCGCCUCAUUGGCUCUUGGGACAAUUUCACCAUGUGCUAUAGCAUGGAACGGGACAGUAGACGUGGCCAGGGCCAAUGGAGAGGAUGCUUCGCAUUCCAGAACGUCAUGGACGAUGAUGGGAGCCCGCACCAUCCCAAGACAAGUGGUGGCCUAAAGAUGGGUCACACGUACUUCUACUAUUACGAGGUAGACGGAUCAACCGAAACAUUUGAUACUACGAUGCCUCACACAACUGCCUGCCCAUAUAUGCCCGGUCAGACAGUCAAUACUCUUCAAGUCCCCAUCGAACGCACGGCGCGCUUCAGAAGUGCGUCCACGACAUCUGUGAACUUGGAAAAUUUCAGGACAAUGGACCCGGCAACCAAAUUUAUAAAGCCGCUACCACCAACGCCCCUCUCGCCGGACACAAACAAACGACGUUCCCAGUCAGCUCCACAACCUUCGUCAUCUUCAUCGUCUCGCUCAACGUCACCACGCUCAUGGAAGAGAUUCUUUUCUCGCAAACUGGAGACACCAGACAGUCAACGUGCUGCCUCUGCUUGCUCGCAAGAAACCAUAUUUACCGCCUACGACAACGUUAUCACAGUCCCCUCACCACAUGCCCGCUCUGGCCGUCAUAUGUCAUCACUCAGCGAGGGUGCCCGACCAAGAGACAUUUCUCCAACUUCACUCUCCCGAAUCCUACGGGAAGGGAGCCACAAACCCCUGCGUUUCCCAAGUCACACUGCUCAAUUACCACCGCUCAAGAUACCAGAGGAUGUCAUCGAGCAUGAUGAGGACGAUGAGGAUUUUGCAGCCUCUGCGGUCUCAGAAAGUCUACCGUUUGCCACUGUUCUCUCGCCACCCCCCUUUCAACGCUCUUCAUCAUCCGAUACUGUAAAACACAAUACCGAGGCCGGAUCCUCAACGACAGUAGUCAAACCCAGCCUCACAGUACCGUCUCUAUUACCAAAGCAGAGCCAGCCUAUCUCAGCCGUCAUGAACGAAACAAGGCCGCAGUAUGAAUGGCCUAUCACAAGAUCAGACCAUAUCACCGGAAGUCCAUCUCAAGAAGAUGUCCCCAUGAGCUUCUAUGAUGAUGAAGAUGAUGACGACGACAUUUUGUCCAGCAACGAGGACGAGGGACACUUCCCUCCCGCCCCUCUAUCCCAGUCGCCCCUGUCUUCGUUCCAGGGAUACAGCUUGCCACGACACGGCGAGGAUAGCAAGGACGCGUUUCUUCCGCAGACUUUUGCACAUCGUGCCUCACCAAAGGUCAUUCCCAGCAGAUCCAACAUGUUGGAUACACCAAUUGAGGCAGGCCUUGACGAGUUUGUCAGUGAGCUAGGGUGGAUAGCUAGUGCUAUAGGUACAGAAGACUGGCAUUAA